GUCUUGAUAUGCAACAUGAUUUAGCUGUUGACACUGAAAUGAUUUUGUGUGAGGCCUUCAUAUGUGAAGGGGGAAGAAUUAGGCAAAAUAGUGACUCCAACCAGAUACUGCAAACUAUAAUCUGAAAUACAAAUACGUUCGUUGUAAAACUCUAUUGUUGAUAGAUUGUCUACUUCAUUGUAUAAUUAUUAUGCUUGGAGUUGGGCCAUGUAUGCCGAACACUAAUUACUUUAGUAAUAGUAACAGAUCUGUGGCAUAGUUUUUAAUCCACACUAUAGUUGAGUAUGUAGUUGAUUGCAAAGGACUCUCACAGACCUGUAAGUGGGAAGCUUGACAGAAGUAGCAUGGCUGUGGCGAGGUCCAUUGUGUACAGCCUGCUGACAACAGCAUGUGGCGUGUUGUGGCUGGUGAAACUGACCAAUGCGUCGUAUGGUGACCGUUCCUAUGUGUUCCAGCGAUGCACCUACGCCUGUAUGCAACAUAACUGUACUGACACACAGGCUCUGGAACACUUUUCUGCUUCCCAGCCCUGGCACCAGAGAACACUACGAUGGACGUGUGAGGAUGAGUGUAAUUAUAUCUGUAUGUGGACCACAGUUGAUGCCUUCCAAAAGGACGGUAUUGGAACACCUCACUUCCAUGGAAAGUGGCCAUUCAUCAGACUGUUUGGAAUACAGGAGCCUGCAUCAGUACUAUUUUCCAUACUGAAUGGGUUGUUCCACCUGCGUAUCCUGACUUACAGACGACUGGUUUCCCCGUCCGUGCCCAUGUAUUAUGUGUGGCAGUGUGUUGCAGUGAUUUCAAUGCAUACUUGGUUUUGGUCGACAAUAUUUCAUACUCGAGACACACCUGUGACAGAGAUGAUGGAUUACUUCAGUGCCUUUUCUCUAGUGCUAUCCAACCUAUUUUGCCUGUGUUGUAGGGUCCUGGGUACAGACCGUCCCCUCCGUCCAGCUAUCUGUGGGGCAGUGUUACUGGGCAUGUUCCUCCAGCAUACCUACUACCUCAGCAUGGUCAAGUUUGAUUACGGAUACAACAUGAUAGUUAAUGUGACCGUGGGUGGUGUUAAUAUGGUGGGCUGGUUAAUUUGGUGUUGUUACCACAGACAUCGGUAUGUCUGGCAGUGUGCCACUGUUGUUCUCGGGCUCAAUGUCCUCCUGGCCCUAGAACUAGGAGAGUUCCCUCCCCUGUUUUGGGUGUUUGACGCUCACUCCCUCUGGCAUGCCAGCACAUUCCCUCUGUGUUACCUCUGGUACAGUUUCAUCAUUGAUGAUGGUCUGUACCUAAUGAAUUUACAAAAGGACAAAAUUUUCUGAUCUGAACUUGUGCGAGUAGAAAAUGGGACACCUUCAGAACGUGACACAUUCCACACAGAUAUUUUAUUCCGCAUGUCAGCAUCUCAUAAACGGUCGGUGAAGUAGCAAGGAAAUUUUACGGACUGAUUUUCUCUGGUCUCUGGAUGGCGGUGUUGUGUAAAAGUCAGUUGAUAGAUUGUGUUGCAGUGAUGUAGCAAAGAAAUAUUACCGACUGAUUUUAUCCGGUCUCCCUUUGACUGAUUUAUGUAAAAGUCAAUAGACUGUAAGACUAAGGUGAUAGUGAAUGAUAAGAUUAAUUCCAAAUAGAACAGGGGGUGUAUAUUAUGUAUAUACUGUAUAGUAUAUUUUCGUAAUAAAUAUUGAAAAGUUUUGCUAGCAUUUACUGAAAACCAAUUCUAUGUAACAUCCCUGUGGAUGGUGCAGGAAAAUUCACUGUACAAAACUUACUUCAUUCUGCAAACUCACCUAUUUGGACAUAUUUAUGAACAAACAUUUGAUUUCGCAAAUGAGUAAAAAAAUGAAUUAACUUUUAACAUCAAAAAACAUAAAAAUAGUUGACUGGCCCUUGACCUGUUGUAGUGCUUCCAUGCUACUGCCAUUUGUUUAUGGAGAGUCAUGUGAUAGCUAAGUCAUGUGAUACAUGUAUAGUCAUUUCUCUCAGUUUUUUCGGAAAACAGUGGAUCAUCCAUUACCAAUAAUAUGCUAUAUAAGUACCUGGUAAUGGAUAAGGAUGCCAGAAAAUGUGUAGUUACUAAUUAAUUACAACAGAUAUAAGUCUAUGUUUUAACUGUGUUAGAUAAGCUGUUUAACCUUGCCCACUUGAGUAUUUUAACCAUUGUACUCUAGAUGAUGGAAGAGUCAAAGACUUAGGACAUAAUAUAGUCCUUACUAUUGCAAUAGAAGUAUACAUUUUGUUCGUUAAUGUGGUAGACAUAUUACCUAGGCCGUUUUCGUUUAUCGCGAUCCAAACGGUUGAACCGGUUGGACCACUGUUGUUCGUUUAUGAAAUGAAGACAG